CACCAGGUUUUGACAAAUCAAGUGCGGCUUUACCAGGAAAAGACCCCGACUGUUCGUUGACUUCAAAGCACCGGCUCACGUCAUUCUCUUCAAAGAGCCCACUUUUAAAAAAAGAACCGGGUCGUUCGCGAAGGACUCGCCUGCAGACACGGAAAGAUGUCUUCCGUGUUGUUGUUGUUGUUAAUUAGUUGUCCUGCCCUCGGUUCUGGUCCAGACUUGGAGGUGGGUCGGGUCGAGCUGCGGCGCGUGCGGAGCCUCGCGGCACAUUCCAAAUACGGAGAGUGUUGGGCGCGUGCACUGGAAGAGCUGGACGCGCACUGCCAGGAGAUGACGUCAGAGACACAGGGCCGCUUGGCGCUUAAAUUCACACACUGUCACCUGAGCAGCUCAGGCAGGGCUUUCCCCUCCUGCCCUGAGGGGUCAGGGGUCAGCAGCUGCACAUCCUCGAUGGACCCUGUGGCCUUCAACUCUUACACCGAGUUCUUCACGCACGCUCACGCCAUAUGUCACUUCCUGCACGCCGAAGCCUCGCACGACCGAGCCGAGAACACCAUGCACAGGCUGACUGAGAGUUCUGCAGGUGUGGUGGAGCAGUUGGAGUCCACCAAGCACAUGGCUGAGGAGCUGAUGGAAGCCCAGAGUGUGGCCUUGCAGGCACAGCAGGAGAUCCUGGAAAGUGGGAAGGAGCUGAGACUCACCCUGAGAGACUCCACCCAGGGUCUGAGGUCAAUGUUCUCCGAGCUGAGCAGCAUCUCCAGGGAGCAGCAGGUGGCGCUCUCGGAGCUCUUCAGCAGAGUGUCCUUCCUGCAGAACUUCCUGAUGAUGGAGGCGCACAGUGCCACUUCCUGCCUGUACAACGCCGGUGCCCUCUGCGUCUCCUUCCUCCUCACCUCUACCCAGCGCUCCUCCAGAGCCAGGUUAGUGUUGUUGGGUCUGGUGUGUUUCAACUUUUACUUGGAGAGAAAGAUCUGCCAGUUUGUGAUGACUUCUGAUCUCCCGGAGCACAAACAAAUGGAGCUGGUCAGUGUUUACGUUGGCGUGCUGAGGAGGUUCAUGGUGUGCGUGGCCGUGUUGGUUCUGCUCUGGGUGUGUGUCCGUUACGUGGACCCGGGUCAGCAGAGUCUUCUGGUCCUGCAGCAGCUCCGAGACACACAAUGUCGCCUGCAGGAGGCCCUACAGAGAGCAGAGAACUUGGGCCAAUGGAAGAAGGCGGAGCUGGAGAGAAAAAGGGAAGAAGAGGAGAACACGUUGGUGUCCUCCAGCACUAACACCUGGGACCUGUCUCACCUGUCGCUCAUUGGCUGUUGCUCUGACAGUCCUCUCCAUAGUGCGCUGAUCGCCGUGGCAACAGAGACCUCAGUGCAGCCCCUACCUACCCACGAUGCCUCAGUGGCCACCGUCCGGCGUCCUCCCCGCCAAGCCCCCUCGCCUCUGGUCUACAGCGUCCCGGUGGAGCACAGACAGCCUCGUUACAGCCUCAGGAGCCGAAGAUCCCAGAAACUCUGAAUUUUUAACACUUUUUAUCUUCAAUAAAAACCUUUUUUUUUUUUAA